CCAGGUCUCUUCCAGAAGGCCAUCGCUCAGAGCGGGACGGCCAUCUCCAGCUGGUCGGUCAACUACCAACCCCUGAAAUACACGCGGCUGCUGGCGGCCAAGGUGGGCUGCGAGCGGGCGGACACGGGGGCUGCGGUGGAAUGCCUGAGGAGACAGCCGUACCGGGCCCUGGUGGACCAGGACGUCCAGCCGGCGCGGUACCACGUGGCGUUCGGACCCGUGGUGGACGGCGACGUGGUGCCGGACGACCCGGAGAUCUUAAUGCAACAAGGAGAAUUCCUCAAUUACGACAUCCUCAUCGGGGUCAACCAGGGAGAAGGCUUGAAAUUCGUGGAGGAUUCUUUGGAAAGCGAAGACGGCAUCUCGGCUUCCUACUUCGAUUUCACCGUCUCCAAUUUCGUGGACAACCUGUACGGUUACCCCGAGGGGAAGGACAUCCUGCGGGAGACCAUCAAGUUCAUGUACACCGACUGGGCCGACCGCGACAACGGCGAGAUGCGACGCAAGACCCUGCUGGCCCUUUUCACGGACCACCAGUGGGUGGCGCCGGCCGUGGCCACGGCCAAACUGCACGCCGAGUACCAGUCGCCCGUUUACUUCUACACCUUCUACCACCACUGCCAGACGGACGCCCGGCCCGAGUGGGCGGACGCGGCGCACGGGGAUGAGAUCCCCUACGUCUUCGGGGUCCCCAUGGUGGGAGCCACUGAUCUCUUCCCCUGUAAUUUCUCCAAGAACGAUGUGAUGCUCAGCGCCGUCGUCAUGACGUACUGGACCAACUUCGCCAAGACCGGGGACCCGAACCAACCGGUGCCGCAGGACACCAAAUUCAUCCACACCAAACCCAACCGCUUCGAGGAGGUGGUUUGGACCCGCUUCGACGGCAAGGACAAGCGCUACCUCCACAUCGGCCUCAAGCCCCGCGUCCGCGACCACUACCGCGCCAACAAGGUCGCCUUCUGGCUCG